CCCUCUUUCCCCCAGUGAAUCUUGUAACCAGAGAGUUGACGCUCUGUCCUACUCUUCAUUUCAAUUCUUUUUCUAUUUUUGAUCUUCUUCUUGUUGUUCUCUGCUGUCUACACAUACCUCGUCUUCUUUUUUUGUCACUGUGGAGUCUCGAUGCCCAAGUCCCCCCCAUCUCCGCGGCAGGCCAUCUCCCUACACCAACAAGCGCCAUGCCAUCCAUGCAUCAACCUCUAGUUAGUCCCCCAGCCCAGCCCACCGCCAGUCUGUCUACCUACACGCCAGAUCAGACCGCCAAACCACAACAGCCGAGGAAAUCGAGACUACCUCUCUUCCCACGCCGAGUUAAACCCGCUCUCUUAUAUCCCUUGAGCGAAAAAAAGUCCCUGCGUGCGUGAUGAUCGCUCGCUCCACCAGGAAACCUUCCGUCACAGUCGGACCUCUGCCUCCUCUUAGUUCACUGGUCUAGACUCUGCGAUCAACAUCACCAACCACCACCAUCGUCGUCCGAGGAGACUGCGAAUCUCACCGACCGCCGCUGAUAUCAUAGCUAUCUGCCUUUUUUUUAGUACCAUCGACGAAUUGCUUUUUCUCUCUCUUUUGCUUGUCGACCGGAUUUCCACGUUUUCUUUGGACUCUUGUGUGUCAAGGUCCGAGGGUGCUUGCGUGCGUGCGUGCGUCAUGGGUAUGUCAUUACAUACUAUGUACUUUACAAGUACACACUUACUAUAGUACAGAGGUACAUACCCGACCGUAAAGCAGGUAGGCAGGUAUACCGCGCGCGUGUACAGAGUAGGUAGCUGAACGAUUGUGUGAGGUUGGAUCGUGACAUUUCUUU